UUCCUAUUAUAUCAAUUUUUAUUAUUAUUAUUAUCGCUGUUAUUAUUAUCGUUACCCUCCUCCCGUCCUCUCCUUCCUCUCCCCGCCUGGCCAGCCCCGUUUCCCCGCCAGCCACCGGACCCGCUGCCUCCGGCUCCUGCCCGCCCCGGGCGCCCAGGGCUGCUGGCAUCUCCCCGUGACCAUGCAGCGCUGCCUGUCCCGGCCGGCCACCCUGGGGCCGGUGUGACCGUGACACCCUGCCUGUCCUUUUCUGGGUCCAACGCCUCCGUCACUGAACAGUUUGAUGGAGAAUCGGUCGGAUGACAGCGGGAACUGUUGUUAUCACCGGGGGAAUCCUAGCGACGGUGAUCCUACUGUGCAUCAUUGCCGUGCUCUGCUACUGUAGGCUACAGUACUAUUGCUGCAAGAAAGAUGACUCCGAUGAGGAAGAGGAGGAGGAGGAGGAGGAAGAGGAAGAGCCCGACCUCCCCACGCACUCGCACCUGGGCACCUGCAACGCCUGCAACUCCCGCAUGGUGGAUGGCCAGGGCAGCCCCGCGCCCCCCCUCAGCGAGCUCAACCAGCAUGGGGCCCACAACUACUGCCCGACCUGCUCCCCUUACGCCUCCCCUUUUUACAUCCGGACUGCCGACAUGGUGCGCAACGGUGGGGAGAGGGUCACCUACACCCCAGCGUGCUACAAGGAGAUGGGGCCGCCCAUCAACAUGGCCACCUUGCAAAGCUACCCGGUGAGCCGCCACGGCCUCCUGCGCGACAGCUUCCCCAACCCGCGGGCUAUCAGCACGGAGGUGUAGUCACCAUCGCCACCACUAGCACAGGGUGCCCACCCCCACAGCCGGCGCCUGCUCCAGGGAAGAAGGGGCUUUUUUCACUUGUCUUUGGAGGGGGUGGGGGCUCCCCGCAGAGAGAGGACCCCCGUCAGCCCAGCCCCAGACCAGCACGGUCCUCCUGCUGAACCGCCCAGCUUUACGGGCCAGAAGAUGAGAGAGACCUCCAAAGGGCGACGUUAAACCGGCCACCUCCGAACCCAUCGUAAGUGUCAUUAUUCUUCUUCUACUCUGCCUCCUGAAGGGACUUAACGAGGGCUAUGUACAGUACAACCUAAUUUAAUUACCCCAGGCUCCCCCGACUCCCCCAGCGUGGCCUCCGGUGUGUGUCCCCCCCACGCAGCCACCCGAGGUGAUGCCCCGCCGCCGCCUCCAGCACAUGGAGGGAUGCCUGACCAACCCACCAGCUGCUGUGUGCCCCCCUCCAUCCCUGGCAAAUCCCACUGCUGAGCUGGGAAUGGCCAUGCUCCUGGGUGGUGGGAAAGCAAAGAAGGGCAGAUCCAGGUGGUCCCGCUCCCCUCGCACUGCAUUAGUUGCUGCUAGCAGUUUGCUCUUCUGUUGGAGUCCAAGACAGUACACCCACCGCCUCCCACCCGCGACGGUCUUUCCACGUGCUGGAGAAGUUCCCCACAUGAGUUUGGAUCACCACCGGGGGAGGGCAAAGUUGCUCAUGAAACCGCUCACCUACGCAAAUGGGCAGGGGCUGAUCCUUCUGCAGCCAAAGCCCCCACCUCUUCUACUCUUCACAAAGCUUUCUUAGGAGCGAUUUUAACUUGGACCCAUAAAAAUGGCAAGAUUUUACUUACAGGAAGAGUCGCAUCCCUAAAUGACUGCAGUUUUGGUCGUCUUCAGCGUUUUGAAGCCCUACCAGCCCACCCUGACAGUUCUGGACAACCAGAGGAAGGUUGGUUUUAGGAUGGCUUUUGCUUUCAACAGCAACAGCACAGACCACCGGGUCAUAUCUCCUUUGCAGGGCCCAGGACCUCCUGUGGGAGAGUGAUGUUCAGGUGGUCGGGGUCCCCCCUCUUUUGCUUUUGGGAGAAGAGGAAGCAAGACCCCAACCUGGGUUCACCGGCUCUGCGGCUGGCAGUGACAGCCAGCGACUCUGCCUUUCUGCAAAAAUGAAUGUGGGAAAGUUCCUUCUUCCUCCAUAAAUCAAAUUAGGUGAAAAAUUACUAAAAGGACAUCUCCAUCAUUCACAGGCACUUCCAUAGCAACCGGUGCAGGACCGCUCGGCAGAGAGCUUCCCAUUCAUGGCAGGGAGGAGGGACCUGGAGAGCAACAAUCCCCGCAGCCGUGUGGAUGCUGUUGGAGGCCAUGGCAGGAAAGGCUUGCCAUGCCUUUGCAAUAUAGGCUAUGACCACUCGGGAAUGUGGUUUGGGUUUUUUUUUUUCACCACCAUAACUUAGAAAUAAUCCUGCUGCUCACAGGACUUGGCCUUAACCUCCCUGUUUGUGCACAGAAAAAGUAGGUCUCAGCAUGGAGGUGCACUCUCCGUGAGCCUCAGAUGUCUAUGCUAUCAAGCAAAAGGCUAAUUUACACUUUGGACCUGCUCAUGCCUUGUCACCUCUGCUUAAACUACCCGAAGAAAAGGAGUCAGAUGAACGCCAACCGUGGUGACUAUCCUUGCAACCACACACCUUGCCCCAGCCCACAUUUUACACAGCCUUUGGAGAAAACGUUGUCCACCUUUUCCCCCACCUCUGGCCCAGAAAGACACUGUGUUUCUACUCUCCUGAGCCUCAGUCUAGCUGCCUGUCUUUUACAGUCUCCUUCUGUUCUCCAAAUAGCGAUAGUGGGUCUUUAAAUGUCCUCUCACAUUAGGGGCAGGCAGGAGGGAAGAUGAAAGUUAGCAGCAGCAAAGCGCUCUGGAUCCCACCGGCCAACAGUCUGUAGCUCCUACUGCUUCCCAGCCAGCCAGUACUCCUCCCUGAAAAUAUAGUCUCUACCUGGAAAAAAAUCUUGGCUAACUCAGUAAACCCCAUCCUUUCCAAUUAAGAGCAUCUGCUCCGCUAGGUCUCCAUCCUGCUGGGAGCCACAAGUUCAUAUGUCCCAGCAUGACCUGUGGGCUCUCGCCCGCACGGCUCUGCCAGCUGGCCCUGCCAUGCCACCCCCUCGAAGGGCACGGAGCCAGCUUGCUGGCACGGUGGCUCCUGGCAUCCAACUCUACCUCUUGGCACACAGCAAGGCUUUCCACCACAACAGGCCAAGAACUCCGAAGGGAAGGAAUAGCACAAGGGGCUUUUGCUUCUUUGGGUCACCCUUCUGGUGGAAGGCAGGCGACCGCAUCAUCAUUUCCAUCACAUGGAACUUAAGUGUGACCUGUUGCCUGUUAACGAGGUGCCAAGGCUGGCGUGACAGUUCCAGAGGAGCCGGAUGGCCAACACGAGGGUUAUCCUCAUGGCCAACACAACACCCUGGGCCUGGCACGGCUACAGAGAAGCGGGUGAGUCUGGAAGGGCUGGAAAUGUGUGAGAUGCAACUGUGGGUUUUAAGGUUUUGGGGAUGGUGGAGGAACAGGAUGGGGUAGGGGCAGGGAUCCCAGACUUUUUCCACUUCAGAUUAUUAUUCUCCGUCUUUGUUGUUCAGCUAUGGGUCCAAAUUCAAUGUCAGAAAUA